UACGUGUAUUGGAAAUCGAAGGGAUUCCCGCUGAUAAAUGUACUUCAAAAACUACGUUUACAUCGAUGUUACAUCUAGAAUGGACACUUGGAAUUUACUGUGCUAGUAAGGACAACUCUUAUCGCACCAUGAUCUUCGACAGUGACAUCUUGAGUGCCUGAAUUCAUGAAGUUUGUUACGAAAGAAGUGCUGCUAAAAUCAGACAACCUACCAUGGGCAAGGCACCGAGCAAACACAUUGGUUUGUCAACUUUGGGUUUUACCGGUGCAAGCACAAAACGACGAGAAAACCCAGAAGGAGGAACGUACGUCUUGAGUGGUUGUGUGAAUGAUCAGUUCCAGCAGUCAGAGGAAUCUUUGUGGCAUUCCAAGGUUGCUCUCCUAGGUUCCUCCUCUAAUUCCUCGGAGAAACGGACAUUUCAUCUCAACCCAGUCCAGUCCUCAUCGGAUGAGCCCCAUCUGUGCCAGUGCGUCGGAACCCACGUCCCCGUAGGUUUCGCUCAGGACAAUUGUCACAUUCAAGUUGCAUUACCGCCAGAGGUUUCAGGAUCAUCGUGUAGCGUUAAGGUAGUAGCUGUUGAGAAAGGCAGUCCUGACGUUGUUAAACCACCUUUGUCUCCAACGAUGUCAUCAAACAGUGGCAAAGCAACUGUUGGGGCUGUUGAUUGUGACGUAUCGUUGGAUGGGGAAUCAGACCAGCAGGAAUGGGCCUUUACUCUCUAUGACUUUGAUGGACAUAGAAAGGUCACUCGAGAGGACCUAUCAAGUCUUCUUAAAACCAUCUCGGAAGCUCUUGCCUCUACCAUCACCUUGCCAGCCAGCGGGAGUAAGAAACUCAGACUUAGACUUUCCGUCGGAUCGGAGGAUUCCGGCGAACCCAAACCCAUCCACUGCGACUCUAACACCGCGGAGAAUAAAGAGAACAUGGCCAAAGAGGCAAUGCCUCAUCCCGCCGAUGAUGAAGGGGUACCAGUGCCUCCUGCAGAGUACCAGCAACAUCCUCAAGUGAGGAAGGAGAGCGGUGGGAGGAGCCACCGACGACAGGGGAGGACGAUGUCCGCUAGUCAGGCAGAUUGCCCGGGUGUGGCGGGGAGGAAUAGCGGCAAGAGAAGACAGGGACUAAGGAGACACCAAAGUGCCUGCCAUGGCGGUGGUGAAGACACAAGACAAAGUCCGCACCAAGCAAGUAGCUCAUCGUCACCGGUAAGAGAUCACGAAAACAGAGAACGGAGAAAUUACUACGAAGAAUUGGCAGGGAUCGAGAACGACUGCAACCAUCAGGAAGACGAUGACGUUAUACUUGCCCAAGAGAGAGAGGUGGAGAAACAGACACAACUCCCUCAUAGAACCCGGCAUAUCUCCGCUGAGAGGUUACGGAGUAGAGGGCAUAGACAUUCUAAAGGCGGGAAGCACCACCGACGAUCGCGAUCGUUCGAUCUGGAGUCUUAUCCGCAACAGGAGGGGGUGUUGAGUAACGAAGAUCACAAACUGAAAUGCGGAUUGAGACAACGCUAUCAUAAAGACUAUCACAUGCUUCUGUUGGAAGCGUCUCGUGCCAAACUUGAAGGGUAUCAACCACCCUCACCUCCUCCUCCUCACCCAAACAACUCUGCACCCAUGAAACUACCAACGUUCACCACUGCGCCUUCAUCACCUACGAAACUGGCCACGUUUACCCCUACGGCACAGACGAACCUCUACCCAACUCAGAUGCACCCGAGUAGUAAUACAUUUCCAGAGAACUCUACGACGAGCCCCAAGCUAGCUUCGAGGAGGCGCACUCAUAAGAAGCUACGGAAACCCACGCUGCAGCCGUUUACGUAUAUGCAGCAUGAGUUGGCGAGCGGUUUGGAGGGAAUCGUUUACGUACCGGUAUCUCAGAGACAUGAGCAUCAUCAUCAUCAUGAACAUCAUCAUCAUCAUCACUAUCAUCAUUAUCAUAAAUGACUAGUAGUCACUACAACUAGACAUUCGUGCCAAGUUCAUGUUAACUUUGUAGAGUCCCUCAUUAAAUUCAAUAUGUGGAGAGUCUGAAGGGUGGGAGAUUUGACGAGUAUAUAAAAACCUGUAGAAUGACAUAAUGAAAGAAAAGUUGUGAUGCGCUCAAGCAAAAUGAGUCGAUUGUCAACCCGUUGAUUUUGUAUUUGUUGAUACAUUUGUUGACAGCAUUUUUUUUUACGCUGUUAAAGCCCCAGGUAAGAACCUUCUUUGGUUCAUCAGUUGUGAAAGUAGAAACACCAAGAGAUAGGAGAGAUUGAGACGAUAGAAAAGGAGUUAAAGACACCGGACACUAUUGGUAAUU